AGAGCUGUCUGGUAAAGUCUGUGUGUAUUUCCUUGUUCUCAUUAUAGUUUGUUGCCUUGCGAGCACUGUGAAACAUGCAGGAGAAGAAUGCACUUAGCAACUGCAACUGCAACUGAAAAAGGUGGGGGUAAAUGUGCAGUGACAUGGCAGAAUCUCUCCUGGGCUUUCCACACACGCCCUUGAGCCCCUAUUCUCCACCCUCAUCCAUGAUGUCAGGAGUUUUUUUUGGUUUUUUUUGGGCUGUGAUGUCUUGACUCAACCCAUUAGUUUAAAUAGUGUCACAGUGUACACAGGUGUCACAUCUUUACCUGGGAUCCUACUCAGAGCAUCUCACUCACAAGCAGUCCACCUGUACGCCACGCCUGACAGGAUCGUCAUUUCAAGGAACUGCACUGCUUUUAGCUUCUUGUCCCUAUUUCUCCCAUCAGUGGAACUGAAGACAAGAUCAAUCGCUAUGGACAACAGACUAGUCCUCACUGUCCUGCUUGUGACACUGUCGUGGCUAUCUGUGGGCACCUACGCGCAAAACAACGUGACCGCAGCACCAGGAAACAACGUGACCGCAGCACCAGGAAACAACGUGACCGCACCACCAGGAAACAUGACCGCACCACCACCACCACCAGGAAACAAUGUGACCGCACCACCACCACCAGGAAACAUGACCGCACCACCAGGAAACAUGACUGCACCACCACCACCAGGAAACAUGACCGCACCACCAGGAAACAACAUGACUGCGGCACCAGGAAACAACAUGACUGCACCACCAGGAAACAACAUGACUGUGGCACCAGGAAACAAUGUGACCGCAGCACCAGGAAACAACAUGACUGCGGCACCAGGAAACAACGUGACCGCGGCACCAGGAAACAACGCGACCGCGGCACCAGGAAACAACGCGACCGCGGCACCAGGAAACAACGCGACCGCAGCACCAGGAAACAACGCGACCGCAGCACCAGGAAACAACGCGACCGCAGCACCAGGAAACAACGCGACCGCAGCACCAGGAAACAACAUGACCGCAGCACCAGGAAACAACAUGACCACAGUACUGGUGACGACUGUUGCACCGGCAACAACAGCUCCCCCACUGACACCCAACACCACAGUGGAAAAUCUUGAGACACCUAUUGACAGAACAGGAUGUGGGACCCAGCAGCUGUGUGCGGCUGAGCCUGCUUCGUGCAACCCCGCUGUUGCAGGAUCAUGCUUCUUUCUUUCUGCUAGGCAGACGAGCGGUCAGAAUUUUGAGUUUGGGCUCGCAGGAGAAACAGAUGGCUACCUUGCUGCCACCCUGUCAAGUGACAGCACAUUGGGCGGCAAUGACACAACCUACGUCUGUGCAAACAACAAUGGCGUUGUGGCAUUUUUUUCUGCUCUCCUCAACAAUGACGUCCUGACUCUGACAGUGCUGAAUGUGAACAACGUGAGGGGCAGGGUCAAUGGAAGGAGAAUCCAGUGUACAUUCGCUGCCACCGUACCAGACUCUGGUAGUGCAACUUCAAGAUCAAAUAGAGCAUCAAGUCUAGUACUCGCAAUCUCCACUGGACCUUUCAACAGCACUUCGGGUGCUCUGGGAGCCCCAGCCCCCCGACUACAGAGUUCUGUCGUAAACCUGGCCAAUCCUAACACCACCAUCGUCAAUGAGGUUUCAAACACUACCAACGCCACCGCCACUUCCCCUCCCACCAUGACCACACAAGCAGGAAACAUGACCGCAGCACCAGGAAACAACAUGACCACAGCACCAGGAAAUAACAUGAUCACACAAGCAGGCAACAUGACCGCAGCACCAGGAAACAACGUGACCGCAGCACCAGGAAACAAUGCGACCGCAGCACCAGGAAACAACGCAACCGCAGCACCAGGAAACAACGCAACCGCAGCACCAGGAAACAACGUGACCGCAGCACCAGGAAACAACGUGACCGCAGCACCAGGAAACAAUGCGACCGCAGCACCAGGAAACAACACAACCGCAGCACCAGGAAACAACGCGACCGCAGCACCAGGAAACAACAUGACCACAGUACUGGUGACGACUGUUGCACCGGCAACAACAGCUCCCCCACUGACACCCAACACCACAGUGGAAAAUCUUGAGACACCUAUUGACAGAACAGGAUGUGGGACCCAGCAGCUGUGUGCGGCUGAGCCUGCUUCAUGCAACCCCGCUGUUGCAGGAUCAUGCUUCUUUCUUUCUGCUAGGCAGAGGAGCGGUCAGAAUUUUGAGUUUGGGCUCGCAGGAGAAACAGAUGGCUACCUUGCUGCCACCCUGUCAAGUGACAGCACAUUGGGCGGCAAUGACACAACCUACGUCUGUGCGAACAAAAAUGGCGUUGUGGCAUUUUUUUCUGCUCUCCUCAACAAUGACGUCCUGACUCUGACAGUGCUGAAUGUGAACAACGUGAGGGGCAGGGUCAAUGGAAGGAGAAUCCAGUGUACAUUCGCUGCCACCGUACCAGACUCUGGUAGUGCAACUUCAAGAUCAAAUAGAGCAUCAAGUCUAGUACUCGCAAUCUCCACUGGACCUUUCAACAGCACUUCUGGUGCUCUGGGAGCCCCAGCCCCCCGACUACAGAGUUCUGUCGUAAACCUGGCCAAUCCUAACACCACCAUCGUCAAUGAGGUUUCAAACACUACCAACGCCACCGCCACUUCCCCUCCCACCAUGACCACACAAGCAGGAAACAUGACCGCAGCACCAGGAAACAACAUGACCACAGUACUGGUGACGACUGUUGCACCGGCAACAACAGCUCCCCCACUGACACCCAACACCACAGUGGAAAAUCUUGAGACACCUAUUGACAGAACAGGAUGUGGGACCCAGCAGCUGUGUGCGGCUGAGCCUGCUUCGUGCAACCCCGCUGUUGCAGGAUCAUGCUUCUUUCUUUCUGCUAGGCAGACGAGCGGUCAGAAUUUUGAGUUUGGGCUCGCAGGAGAGUCAGAUGGAUACAUUGCUGCCACACUGUCAAGUGACAGCACAUUGGGCAGCAAUGACACAACCUACGUCUGUGCGAACAACAAUAGCGUUGUGGUAUUCUUUUCUGCUCUCCUCAACAAUGACGUCCUGACUCCGACAGUGCUGAAUGUGAACAGCGUGAGGGGCAGGGUCAAUGGAAGGAGAAUCCAGUGUACAUUCGCUGCCACCGUACCAGACUCUUCAACUUCUAUAUCAACUAGAGCAUCAAAUGUAGCAGUCGCAAUCUCCACUGGACCUUUCAACAGCACUUCUGGUGCUCUGGGAACCCCAGUCACCCGACUACAGAGUGCUGUCAUAAACCUGGCCAAUCCUACCAACAUCUCCAAUACAGCUACCACGACUUCCCCUGCCACCAUGACCACCGGCCACGCCAUUACACUCCAGCAAUCACUGAUGCAAGCCAUGCUGAUCGCUGCCGGUGUGCUGGGUCUGUUCAUGCUAUGAGGAACCCCCCCAUGAGUCAAGACAAGAAACCUAUUUAAACCUAUUUAAAGACAUGCCAGCGUUGCCUCUGUAGUCAUUCAGCAGUGGUGAACCCUUUUAUGAUUACAAAAAUUGAAAUGAAUGUCAUAAAUUAGCCUUCCUUUCCCACAAAAUGCGAAUAGGUAUUUAGUUUUAGCUCUCUUCUCUUAAAUUGACCCAAAAAGACUCCCAUCCACCACUGUUAACAAAUAAUUACAGGGGAGACAUUACAUGUGUAAUGGAAUAUAGUCUGUUAAGCAUCUCGCAGGAGCUUGACUAAACACAGUGCAGCCCAGGUUAUUAGGAUUCAUUUUGUAUCA